AUGGAUUCUCCCACUCAGACCCCAGACAUUUCCACCACUGUCGAGAAACCCCGUCGCAGAAGCUCUAGCUGGAUGCCUGCCUACGAGGGCCUCACUCGCAACCGCAUCGAAGCCGCUGCCCGUCGUCAGAGCAUGUCCGACCAGCAGGCCAAGCUCGGCAUCUUUGGAACCUUUUUCCACAAUAAUUUCGGAAGAAAUGCUAAAUAA